AUGCCUCUCAACGCCACCGUCCUCCUGUCGGUGGACUUCGACACCUUGGGGGACUACCUCAUCUUCGCCUUCCACAUCCUGUUCGCCACGAGCGCCGUGCUGGUCGCCUGCUCGGUGGUCGUCGGCAUCUCCUCCACGCGCUCCCUGCGGCGCCAGAACCGCUUCAUAUUCAUGCUGAACACGAGCGUCAGCGACACGCUCACCGGCUUCUCGGUCUACUACCUGGGCCUCUUCGACGUCCAGGAGGGCUUCCCGUCCAGAAACGGCACAUUCUACAUCCUACCCUCGUUCCUCGGCGUCAACGUGCUCACCUUCCUCUUCGCCCAGUUCGACCGCUACUUCGCCGUGUGCCACCCGUUCUUCUACGACCGCUACGUCACGAGGGCCCUGGUCAUCUGGAUCUGCGCGUUCUGCUGGAUCUACACGUACUCCAUCCUCACCGUGCAGAACAUGGUGCCCAUCUCGAAGGCGGCCCAGAUUAACGCGUUCGGCGUGAUGACCCUGCAGAUCAUCGUGCUCGUCAAGGUGCUGAUGACGAUCAAGCUGUACAUCAUCGCCAGGAGCCAGCUGGCGAGGGAGGCGCCGAGCGCGGAGCGAGACAACAAGAAGGAGUCGCUGCGCAUCAUCGUGUUCGUGGUCAUCUGCUUCCUGUCGCUGUGGUGUCCGUCCUUCGUCAAUAUCAUCGUGAGGCAGCUCACGCGGAAAGGUCUGACGUUCAGGAACGAGGCCACCAACCUGUUCGCCGUCAUGGCGCGCCUGAACGCGCUGGUGACCCCGGCGGUGUACCUCUGGGGCAGCCCGGCGCUGCGGGAGGCCGUGUGGGAGGCCGUGUGGGGGAGGGUGUGUCGCUGCGGCCGGAGGGCGAGGUGA